UUGCAGAAGGCCCUGUUGAGUUGGCUGAUCAACAUCGCCUUGGCUUACCUACUAGUACUACAUGUACUGCGAGUACAUUGUACAUCUAGAGACUGUACGUGAGUUGCUGCAGUCAUGGUGAAUUUGAAGUUGCCUGUGCAAUAGAUGCUGCAGUGUUUGACCAACAGGCCCAGGCUAGGGUUCCUUAGCGUUGUGCUGCGUACCACCUGCUGCACUGGAUUUGUGUCCGGACUUCUUCCAUCCAGGACUAGUAUUGUUGAUGGUUACGGGAUACUCUCUGCAUCCAGAGUAUACUCAGCCUGACUGUUUGUUAUUGGACAUUGGCACCCAAGACCUACGACUCUACGAGUGCCUGUAUGACUAGUUAGCAUCGCAGGCUUGUCCUACCCAGGCCUGUACGUAGCAGGUAGGCUGUAUCCAUGGUGAACCUCACUGUCAAAGGGAAGAUGCAUUAUGAGGAGGAGCUGCGGCAGAUCAUGGGUCGUCCAUUUUACCUCCCCCCACUGCAGCCUGACAAAACAGCUACCAAGCCCCAGUGCCCUGUUUGUGCGAGUAGAAACUUCCAUGUCACUGGCCAAACUAAGGAGAAAAUAGUACUUCCAACUAUCAACCCAAGUUUUAAGAUGGUGAAGAAGCCUGAUGAUAUUGACGAUGAUCAUGAUGUGAGUGAUGCUGAUGAGAAUGACGACAAGAAGGAAGACUCGGACUCAGAUGAUGAGAACUAUAAUGACAGUGACAAUAAUAACAAUGACAGUGACAGUGAUGAGGACGAUGACGUCGUGCAAGAUGACAUCAUUCCCAGAGGCACCAUCUCCAGCAUCUCCAGGCUGAGUCUGAAUGACAAACCAGGACUCCAUGUGGAUGAUGAUGGGGUGAUCAGGGGGAGAAUAGUCGAUGAUGAUGAUGACGACGACGAUGAUGAUGAAGAUCAAGACCAGGAUGAAGAAGUGGAUGGAGAAGGGUAUGGGGAGUUAGAGGAUGCUGGGGAGGCCGAGGGUGAGGGAGAUGGGGAGGAAGAGGAGGGGGAAGGAGAAGGAGGGGCUAGCGGUGCAGAUGAAGUGGAAGAAAAAGUAGAAAUCCAACCAAUCAUAGUCAAAAAGAAGAAGAAAAAGAAGAAAAGGUGGAUCGGCAUAAGCACUGUCAACUGUAAAUAUGAAAGUGUAAGAAGAGUGGCCAGGCGGUUUGGGAUACGGGAGGUUGGAGAGGAUGAGGACUGGUCGCUGUACUGGACAGACUACUCUGUAUCACUGGAAAGAGUCAUGGAGAUGAAGAGAUUCCAGAAAAUAAACCACUUUCCAGGCAUGAGUGAGAUCUGCAGGAAAGAUCUGCUGGCUAGGAACAUGAACAGACUGUACAAGCUGUUCCCCAAGGAGUACAGCGUCUUCCCCAAGUCUUGGUGUAUGCCUGCAGACUAUGGAGACUUCCAAGCCUACUGCCGACAGAAGAAAAACAAGACGUUUAUCUGCAAGCCAGAUUCAGGCUGCCAGGGGCGUGGCAUCUUCCUGUCCAAGAACGCCAAGGACAUCAAGCCUGGCGAUCACAUGACCUGUCAAGUCUACAUCAGCAAGCCUUUCCUCAUCGACAGCUUCAAGUUUGACCUGAGGAUCUACGUUUUAGUCACGUCGUGUGACCCCCUCAGAGUCUAUGUGUUCCGUGAUGGGCUGGGAAGAUUCGCUACAAAAACCUACACAGAACCUAGCAACCAUAACCUGGACCAAGUUUGCAUGCAUCUGACAAACUACGCAAUAAACAAGCACAGCGAUGACUUCAUCCGGGAUGACGAGUGCGGCAGCAAACGGAGGAUCACCACCAUCAACGAGUGGCUGGAGGAGCACUGCUACGACGUGCAGAAGAUGUGGGACGACAUCGAUGAUGUCAUCAUCAAGACGCUCAUCUCGGCACACCCCAUCCUGAAGCACAACUAUCGCACCUGCUUCCCCAACCACAUCAAGGGGUCUGCCUGCUUCGAGAUCCUGGGCUUUGAUAUCAUUCUGGACAGGAAACUGAAACCAUGGCUUCUCGAGGUGAACCACUCUCCCAGCUUCCACACCGAUGCUCCUCUAGACAAGGAGAUUAAGGAGGCCCUCCUGUAUGACACCCUGAACAUGCUGAACCUCACAGCCUUCGACAGGAGGAGAUGCAUAGAGGAGGACCGCCGGCGCGUCAAGGAAAGGCUGCUGAAGAAGGGCAGAGGAAGGGUUGAGGAGUCCCCUGAGACCAGGGCUAUAAUCCAGGACCAGAUCCAGAGAUACGAGGACAGCCACCUGAACGGCUUCAGGAGGAUCUAUCCCUGUAACAACAUGGAGAAAUACGAGAAGUUUUUUGAGCACAGCGGGUCACUUUUCCAGGAGACAUCAGCUUCCAGGGCCAGGCAAGAGGCAGCGAGGCAACAAAGAGAAGAAAUCCGACAGAAACAAGAAAAGAUGGAUGCUCUGCUGAAAAAGCCCAGCAAAAAGCCAGAGGAGAAGAAGGGACCAGAUGGAAUGAGACCAGAGAGCCCAAAGAACGAAGUAAAAAAGAAACAGGUCAUCAGGAGACCUUUGACCAGGAAAUUGACACAUAGAGAACAGGUGGUACUGCAGAAGAACCUGGCUAAAGAGCCCGAGCCGCUGGACACGCGGGUGCCGCUGGACAUCACGGAGGAGGAGGAGCUGGAGCGGAUCAGCGGGAUGCUGCAGCGAGACAACCUGGUGCGCGGGCUGGGCGUGGUGGAGCACGUGUACAGACUCCUGCACUGUACACCCGGCACCACGGGGUACCUGAAGACUGCAGCGGAGAGGCAGUAUAAUAACCAAAAAGGAGCUGGUUUUGCCGUAGCUAGAUUUCUGCAGGACGUCAUUAAGCAAUCCUGCCUGAAGAGUCAGUUUGGGUCAAACCCUGCUGUGGACGCGUGUGUGGAGUCAGUAGUCAAGUCAGCCAUGGACCGGCAGCAGGGUAGACAUUGCCUAGAACAGGACAUAAACAAGCUGUGUGUUGUAAAGAAGGCAGAGAUGACGCCACAGACAGGGUCCAGGUGCCCCAGUGUCUUAGGUCGAAAGUCACAGAAUCAGAGUAGGACAGCUUCCUCCCAGUCUGUGCAGCAAUCUGAUAGUCAGGCGGACUCUUUGGACCAUCGGCUGAACCAUGAAGCGCAGGGUGUGUCAGGAGGGGACCUCAGUAAGGCAAACCUGUCACACAAUCAGAGUCAGUCUGGACCGGUUCAGCCCGGCAUGCCCUCCACUGUGCGGGGAACCACCACCAUGAACGGCACCAUGACGCUCAGCCAGUGGCCACAAACCAGAGCAGCCGGAGGCAGGACGCUGGGGCAAGUCGUGAACAGUGGGGUCCACAGCAAUAUUCCCCCCUCACAGUCCACGUCCCUGCUAGCUAGGACUCUAGUCCCCAGGAAAGGUUACUAUGCCAGCAGAAACUCUGUCACGACAACUGUUGUACCUGAACAUGAAUGGAAGCACAUAUCAAGUCUGAUGGAGUCAGAAAGUACCACGGCUACCAGCAUGGCCCCUCGGACAACACUUGCCAUGAGGGCAGUGAACACAGGGGGGCAGAAGUGGAGCAGCAGUGACAGUGCUGUUAGUGUUUCCAGUGGGAGGAGAAUUGUCAGUGCCACAGGGCAGAGAGAAGGUGGUACUUCAGCCAGCAGGUUAAAGCUGGGUGCGUCCUUGGUGCCCUACAACUCCCAGUCCCUGGGGACGACGCCCCCGAGCACUGGCUACCACUCAUCAGGCUCCUCGGGAGGCCUGUACACCUUCCCCAACCUCAAGGUCAGCCCCAGCCAGGCCUCCGUCAACCUGUCAGUGGUGUCUGGUCCUGCACCGGUGGCACACCGGCCAGAACUGGUCCCAGCAGUAGGAGGGAGAGAGAAGGAUUCGCCUGGGGGAGGCACUCCGAAUCGACAGGGAGGGGAGGUGGGGUUCCUCAGAUCUACAAGAUCUCAGAGAAUACGAGGAGCAACAAACAACUUAAGAAUAAAGCAACUUGAGAUGAGAGAAAACCAUGCUGUUGUCCUGAGCUGACACAGGCCCAGACCUCAAGUUCAAGGCCCAAAAAGACUGCUUUCCAGUGAAAUUGUAGCCAGUGAAAUGUCCUCAAAAAUGAGAGGCCCCUCCGUCCAAGGUGUUACUUCUCAAAGAAUAAAAUGUGAAAAUGAGUUUGACAAUGUGAGACUAGAAUUUCACUCACUAUAUGGUGUGAGGAAGAACUAUAAUGAAAAAUAUUGAUAUGUGUGUUUGUUCCAUAUAUAUACACCAGUGUUGCAAGGUUGGUUACUCCAAGGCCAGAUGUAGAUCUAUCAAGUAAUUACAUGUGCCAAACAGAACAAAAUUAAGUCAAAGCUGAAGCAGCAAGAGAGAUGUGUUCAGGGGCCAUUUUACAUCAUUUUACCCAUAUGAUGUUAUUUUACAAUAUAAAAAUAAGUAUCUUUGUGAGGUUGGAAACCACAUUGUACAAUUCUAGCCAUAGAUUUGGAGUGAUUUUUAUCAGGAUAACACCUGUACUUAAGCUGUAUGUCCCACUCUUUUAUGCCAGCAAUGUUUUAAUGCUUAUCUUUUGACUUGUGCAAGUGCAUAAACUCUUUUCAUAGCAAUGCCUCUGAUUUGUACAUAGCCUUUUUACUAUCUUAGCAUUGCAUUCUAUGGCUAACAUGUUUUCCUUCUGAAUGUAUAGCCAUAUAUAUGGUUCCUGGUACAUAUUUUGAUACUGAUAUGUGUGUAUAAUUUCAAUUGUCAAAGAAGAGAGAGACUAUUUUAUACAAUUAAGUAUUGUAAAUUUUGAGUUUAUACUAUCUCUUACAUUCUGUCAGGACGUUAUAAAUGCUGCCUUAGCACCACUCUAGAACAGACCAUGGUAGAAGCUUGUACAAUUGCAAUAAUUUCCUGCUAUUACUCCUUUUUACUCUUAAAAGAAACUCUUCACAGAAAUGUACACGUAAUGUUAGAUUAAGCCAUAACAUUGCAUAUGGUUUGGGUGCAAGAUGUGGAAUGUACUACAUUGCCCAACGGUAUGAUCUGAAUGCUGCUAACUAAUUUUAGUGCCUUUUCCUCCUAUUUGUAACCUGUUGCAGGUUAAGAUACGUCUUGUAAAUAUGAUGUGUGUCAAAAAGAGGCUAUUAUGUUAAUGUUCUUCUAGAGCACAUUUUCUGAAACACUUAGGAGACUGAAGCCAACAGGCAGAAGUGUUUUGCUACACAUGUACUAGGUUUCUGAAACAGGAAAGUCAGUAUAGACUUGUUUUUAGGCACAUCCUGCCUCAAUUCCACAUCCUGUUCUAGUGUGUCUCUGGAUGUAUAGAUUAUGUACGUUUUGUGUUGUCUUUACAGCAAUAAAGCUGUGCUUUACUGUAA